CGUCCCUGGGAGGAAACUGAAAAACACAUCCAUCAGCUUUACCUUCAUCCCUGCCAGCUUCUGUUUCAGCCAUGAAUCCUGCCCUGCCUUGGAUCUUUCCUCUUGGAUGUCUACUGCUUCUGACAACAGCAGCCGAAUGCUUUAUUUUGCCCAAUUCGAGUCACCUGGAGAGCAUUUUGAGUAAAUAUCAGGAUGAGGAGCCUCAUGCCAGAUCCAAGAGAGCCAUUUUAUUUUCAGACAGACAGGAGAUAUUGAUGCUCCACAAUAAAUUAAGAGGUCAAGUUUAUCCAUCAGCCUCUAAUAUGGAAUAUAUGACCUGGGAUGAUGAGUUGGAAAGAUCGGCCCAUGCUUGGGCUCAGCAGUGCAUCUGGGAUCACGGGCCUAGUGCCCUCAUCAGGUCUAUUGGACAGAACCUGGCGGUUCACUGGGGCAGGUACCGCUCUCCAGCCUUCCACGUGCAGUCUUGGUACGACGAGGUGAAGGACUACACGUACCCCUACCCUCACGAAUGCAACCCCUGGUGCCCGGAGAGGUGCACGGGGUCCAUGUGCACCCACUACACCCAGAUAGUCUGGGCCACGACGAACCGGAUCGGCUGCGCCGUGAACGUCUGCAAGCAGAUGAACGUCUGGGGAGAGGUGUGGGAGAACGCCGUCUACCUGGUCUGCAACUACUCGCCCAAGGGCAACUGGAUCGGGGAAGCCCCAUACAAGAACGGCCGCCCCUGCUCCGAGUGCCCGCCACGCUACGGGGGAGGCUGCCAGAACAACCUCUGCUACAAGGAUUAUCGCUAUGAGGAUACCCAAAUCCCCGAGACAGAGGAGACCAACGAAGUGGAGACCUCUCAGGUGGCAGAGCACAAGCCCGUGUGGUUCCCCAGCGUGGAGAACAAGCCCACCAAGCCUGUCAAGCCCAAGAAGGUCGCCGUGGACAGCUACAUGACACAAGUCAUUACCUGUGAAACCAAGAUGAGGGACAAAUGCAGAGGCUCAACAUGCAACAGGUAUCUGUGCCCAGCUGGCUGCCUGUACAGUAAGGGAAAGAUCUUUGGAACAUUUUAUUAUGAGAGUUCGUCGAGCAUUUGCCGCGCUGCCAUCCACUAUGGCAUCCUGGACAACAAGGGAGGACUCGUGGACAUCACGAGGAAGGGCCGGACGCCGGCGUUCGUCAAGUCCACCAGAAAUGGUGUCGAAUCCUUCCGGAAAAAUAAGCCUUCAAACGCAUUCAUGGUUUCCAAAGUCACAACGCAGACGCUGGAUUGCUACUCCACGGUGGCUGAGCUGUGCCCGUUCAAAAAGCCGGCGUCGCACUGCCCGAGGAUUUAUUGUCCAGCCCACUGUAAAGACGAACCAUCGUACUGGGCACCGGUGUUUGGCACCAAUGUCUACGCAGAUAGCUCCAGUAUCUGCAAAACAGCAGUGCAUGCGGGAGUCAUUCCAGAUGAAGAAGGUGGUUUUGUGGAUGUGAUGCCUGUAGAAAAGAAGAAAAUCUAUGUUGGCUCCUUAAGGAACGGAGUCCAGUCUGAAAGCUUGAAGAGCCCUUUGGAUGGAAAUGCUUUCCGAAUUUUUGCUGUGAAGCAGUAAAUUCCCGGGAAAGGUGCAAGUUUCUCUGGGAGAGCACUCCCUUGAUCUGGAGAGACAGGAAGGCUCCUCUGAUGGCAUCAGCUCUGAACGUACCCUGCUUGCCGAACUCUUUCAGGGAAUUAAACAAGAAAAAAAAAGAAAAAGGAAAAAAAAAAAGAAGAAAAAAAAAAAAAGACAACAGCUUCUGACUCAGCUGUUCGCAUCUCAUGGCACCAGUUCAGCGUUGUAUCUUUUCGUCUUGUGUUUUCGUUUUUUCUAGGGGCAUUCAGCAAUGACAGACUGUUGUGACUCCACUUUACAGGAGAGGUGUGCUGCACAGAACCGAGGU